GAGAGGCGGGACCUCGCAGCCGGGAAGGGCGUUCUCUUUGCGGUCAGACCGGGCAGAGUCAUCCCGAGGGGUGGGUCCUCCGGCAGCAGUAAAGGAAAACCCACCUUUUUUCAUUGUUAAGGACGCGGUGGAAUGUGAUGGUUUGAUCUCAAACGGGCCAGGGAGGGGAAUAUCCGAGAGGAAAGGACCGACCAAAGAUUUAGGGAGAGGGGAAAGCCGAAAAACGCAGUCGCCUCCAACUCUCCGCCAGCAUUUGAGAAUAUGUGGAUGAACUUGUCCUCGCCGUGUCGGCAGCAGCGAGUCCUACCGUCCACACGAGCUCAAACCGUGUGAAGUUGUGGAUUUACCGCUGCGUUUUUCUGACCCGGAGGUGGACCAGCUGAGGAUGGAGACUGUGGGGAGAGGAGCUUAACAAGCGACAGACAAAAGGAUGCAUCUAAAAUAUGACGGAUUUGUCUGCUAAAUGCCACUCUGAGGAAACUCCAAAGUCUUAAAGCGACCGACAGACCGCAGAGAGAAAAGAGUAUUUUCCCAAGAACCUAAAGGACUUGAUAAUACUACCACACAAAUGUGGACCUCCCAAAACAUUGUCAUCAAAUAAUCUGAACAACAAAACAAACACAGAAAUAAGACAAAAAAAUUUGCAGCCAUGUCUGACCAUAAAGACAUGACCCACCGCCACCUGCGGCACAAGCUACAGAGUCUCAGUCGACGACUGGAUGAACUGGAAGAAGCAACCAACAAGCUGCAGAAAUCUGAGGAUGAGCUGCUUGACCUGCAGGACAAAGUCAUCCAGGGAGAAGGCAGCAACUCAUCCCUGCUCGGAGAUGUGGAGGAAUUAAGGAAACGUCUCCUAAAGAUCCAGGGUAAGGAUGAGGAGGUACGCAAAGCAGAGGAUCUUUGCCGCACAGUCAGAGAAAAACUGGAAGAGGAGGAGAACCUGACAAAGGAGUUGAAGGCCGAGACUGAACGUCUACAAAGGAGGAUGGCCGAACUGGAGAAACUGGAAGAAGCUUUUGGGAAAAGCAAGUCUGACUGCAGCCAGCUCUGCCUGAGCCUCAAUGAGGAAAAGAACUUGACUAAGAAGCUCUCGUCUGAGUUGGAGGCCCUCAAAGCACGUUUGAAGGACUUAGAGGGGUCUGAGACAAAACUGGACAGAGCAGAGCAGGCUUUGGCCAUGGAACUGGAGAAACUCAAAGGAUUCACCCAGACCUUUAUGAGCGAGCGAAAGAGGCUACUAGAGAAACAAAGAGAGGACGAGAAGAUUAUUCUAAAGCUGACAGAAAAAUUGGAGCACCAGAAGAAUCGCAUUGGCAUGUCACCAGACCCUGGUCGCGCAGAUUUCAUGAGGUCGCGAAUUGAGGACGAGCUUUCAUCCACGGGGCUCCUCACAAGUAAACUGGCAGGACGGAAAAAGAGCCUUGAGUACUUGAAGUUAGCCGAUGACAGCAUCGGCCUUGUGAACAAAUCUGAGAAUGAGAAGAACAUUAGUCUUGAAGGCUCGCAGGAGGAGGACAACAAAGUAAAGGAGCUGACACAGGAAGUAGAGAGGCUGAAGAACCGCCUCAAACAGCUGGAGAUUGUAGAGGAGGAUCUAAAGAACUCAGAGUCCAAAAAUGGCGAACUUAACGAGAAGUUCCAAAUGGAGCGAAACCGGGCUCGCCAACUGAGCGAGCAGGUGGAGCAGCUCAGGACGCAGCUGUGCGGAAAAGGUGGAAGAAAUGGAACUAGUAAUGUGGAUAAACAUGGCAAUGGAAGCACUAACAUUUGUCCCAACAGCCCCGCCAAGGUCCUGGAAAAUGGCAAAGCUGAGAAUGAAGAGAUUGUGAAGGGAGGUUUCAGACAAGAGAAGCCCAAAUUUAGGAAUGUUGCAAAUGUGUCAGAGCCAAGUUCCCCCAAACACAGGAACAGGGAGCUGUCUCCUCAGCAUAAGAGAGAGACCAAGCUGAGGAGCAAAGAUCUGAGCCACUCAGAGGAGAGCUCCCCGAAGCCUGUGAGGAGAGCCCUCAGUCCAGCUCACAAGAGUAGAAGGACACCCAAAACCACAACUACUGCAGUGUCUUCUGAUAAUGGAAUAAGAGACACAGGACGAGGAACUGAGGACAAGACAAGAGGAGCCACUCCCUCCUCUGUAAACACAACCUCUAGUGAUACUAAGAAAGCGUCUGUUCUUAGUCGCUACCCUCCAGCAGCUAAUGACCAGAAGCCACUGAGGACGGCAAACAAACAGACGGAUGGGGAAACUAAAAAAAGCAGAAUAGAAAAGUUUUCAAAACUGUACGUAGGUAGCGAUAGCGAAUCAAACAACUCUGAUGUAGUGCCUGAAAGUAACAUCAACAGUCUCUCUGCUUUAGAGAAGGACACAGCGUCUGCCUCAGAUCAGGAAUCAACAGACCUGGUUCAGGAAUCUGUCUCAGUAUCUGUCGCCUCCUCCCUGUCCAAAGCCAAUGGAGCCUUCACAGCCUACAGAUCCCAGGUCACUCCCCUGCUGCCCAACGACCAGGGGUCAGAGGGUCAUUCGUCUGCCUCUGAAACUGAAUCCACUGGUUCAAGGCCCUCUGAGCCAGAGCCUGUAACUGAGACGACUACUACAACUGCAAGCACUAGGACUGCAACCUCCAGAUAUCCUAGAUACUCCCACGUCCACGACUCGCAUUCAGAGGGUUCGUCUUCCAGGAGCUCGUUUGAUGAGGAGCUCCACAACAGAACACUGUUGGCCGAGGGAGGCCACCCGGGGCCCGUGCACACUGCAACAGGGCUCGAGAUCCAGCGAGUGUGCAGCCCACGUGAAGCGCUGAGGUCAAAAGCUGUCAUCAAGCCUGCAAUCGUCGAGAUUGACAGGAAGGAAGUGAUGAUUUCCGAGCCUUUGUCUGCAAACGGCAAACCCAAAAUCUCCACCAAACCCAUUGUGACCAGCACCAGUAAAAUGACCAGUAGUAUCACCAUCUAUCCCAACGACCCGAGCUCCUCCAGAACCAGCAGUCGCAGCAGCAGUCUGUCCAGUGAACCCAUGCCGAUUAAAGAACGCCACACCUCCACCAGUAACAUCCUCAUAGGCCCCAGCAGUGAGCACCAUGGCAGCAUCUCCGUCCCGUAUGAGAUCUCCAUUCCCAAGAGUGAGAUCACCUUGCGUUCGUGCCAGGACCAGGACUAUGGGCUGGAGGACAGCAGUGACUCAUCAUCAAGGUCCAAACACUCCAGAAUGGAGACAACCACCAGCCACCUGUGCUGCCAACGCGGCAACUUCAGCCUCCAGUCCCCAGACACCACCUCCGCAGACUUAAACGACACAGAGUCGGGCUUCGAAAGCAGCAGCAGUAGUAGCACCACCACAGUCACCAGCUGGAGACACCAAAGACAAAACCAGCACUCUCAAGAGGACAGUUUACCAGACAUGAAGAAUGUGACUGUGAGGAGCACCUGGAAGAACAGGGGACCUGCGUCAGUGGACGAGACCGGCCGGGGACGAGGGGGUGCAAGGACGAUGACUGAUGGUGGGUCGGAGGAUGAGACAGAGACCGUGACAACAUGGAGGGCUUACCGUGCAACCACCUUCGAUUCAGAAGAAACCGUGAACAGCGGAGCUGGUGGGAAUGUUGAGGCACAGAAGGGAGCAAAGCCGUCCCCUGCAGAGGUGUACAUGCGUAGGAUCAACAGUGUGGUUACUAACACCAGAGAAGUCGAGGAGCCAGCGCUUCGCCGUAGCAAACGCUCACAGUCUCCCACCACUGAAGCAAGAGGCCUGGGACGGACCGUACCCCAUGCACCUGUUACCUCUCAGUCCUGGGGCAGAUCCUACACACAACAACCACAGGCUGCUGACAGCGUAGAACCCAGUCCGAACCCAAGCCACAGCCCAGCAACCUGGAGGCGGCACCUUCCCAGCAACGACCCUCACCCUGUGGGGAGCUCUUAUGAUCGGGCGUCUAAGACAGCAGGAGCUUCCUCCAGAGCGGAUCUGUGGUCCAGUCGGGGUCAAGGGUCAGGGGCCAGAGCCGAGGGGAGGACCGGAGCUGGGAGCAGACCGUGGAGCCAACGCCACUCUGAGCAUCAUUAGAGCAGCUGGGUCUGAGCAGGAUGUCUACAGCAAGAGGACAGCACUCCAUUAAGCUCUCAAUGGCACAAUGAGGGCCAAACAUCAGUCUUCCAUCAACUAAUGGCUACCACCGUCUCCAAAAGUCAACAUCUACAGCUUUUAUAGCAAGCAAAGCAAAGAAAAAUAGCAGUUGCUGCCAUUUAGAACAACAAACCACAGACCUGACAUCCUUACUCUGACUCUGAGUGUAUGCUGAGACGUGAACAGCUCUUCCUAUCCGGAACUUUCUUUGUCCCAAAAGAGGCAUAAAUGGAAAGACAGUGCCUGUACAGUGUUUUUGGGGGUCGCCUCACCAGUCCAUGUAUCCUCUUCUGCUUCACGUGUUGGAUGUAUUAUAGUGUAAUCCCUAAACUUGACAAGGGAGAGGCUGGCAUGCUGGGGACGGCUGGGGAUUUUCCUGCGUGCCAGAGAGGGUUUAAAGAGAGUUAGAGGAAGAAGGACUCAAAUGUUGAGAAUGCCUUUCUCAGAGGACCAUUACAGUGACCUCAAUGAAGCUGGAUGUGCAUAGCUUCUGCAUCAAAAUUUCAACCUUUCUCCAUCGCUGAAAAAACGAUCUGCAGUUAACAGCAGUACAAGGUUUAAGAUGCAUCUUCAUCUCACAGGGCUGGAUCUACAUGCAGAGCUCAUCACAGACUAAAGUACCUUUUAAUGUGACCAAAAACAGGAAGCGAAUUACCGUCUUUGCUGACCCAUACCAUGAUAUUCACUUAUAUAUUUGCUUUGACAGCCAUAUGUGCUUUUUUCCAGAGUUUCUCACACAUAAAUACACAAAACCAUACAAACACAUGCACAUUUUUAACUUUUGGUUUAUUUUAAACCCGUGUCACCACUUUCUGGCAUGCAGCCUCAAACUGGAUUUAAUUUGAGGUCUUGGAUGUUGAGCGAACAUUUGCAUGUUUCUAAGUAAUAAAUGAAGAGCACUUGAAAGAUUGUGACUCAGCAUGCACUCUGCUUAAAGGAUUGCUGGUUGGCUUCAUUUAAGGAGCACACAGACACAAACACACACACACACACACAGACACAUAUGCAUACACACAUGCAUACACAUUUGUACAGACAGACCGGGACCUUAUUUAUGCUUUUUGCCAUUUUCACCAGUUAUUUUCUUUGUAAUUCGCUUCCUGUUCUGCAUUAUCCUUUCCCCUUUCUGCUGAACCAUAUCAAUACAAAAAAAUCGUAGUUUGCACGCAAUGAAAUGCAAUGCACAUGUAGAAAAAAAAGAAUAAUUGGGAUGGAGGGGGGGGUGGCAUUGUUUAUAACCUCAAACCAUGCUACAAUUUCCAUGGUGCUUUGUUCUACAGCUGUUGCAGUUCUCCUCAUUCAUGUAUUUUAAGAGAGCCAUAGCAAAAUGGAGUUUUAAUGAAUAUUGGACUUGGGAUUACCAGCAAACCUGGCCUGGCAGGCGGACAUUUUUUUCAGUGCUGCUGUAAAUACUGUAGACAUGCCAGCCGGUCAUAGGACGACUCCUAACUGGAGUCACAAGGAACUGACAGUUCAGCUUUUACGUGACUGGGUUCGCCGUGCGAAUCGUCCCAUCUUAUCUCCAUUAUUUCUAUAGAGGUGUAUUUUUUUGCUACAUCAUAAAAUAUCAACUCGUGGUUGGUAUAUUGGAGCAAUCUCUCAUUGGAGGGUGCCACUGCAGCAAUGGGGGUGCCAUAGAAACCAGUUUAGUAGUGGCCAGUCAACAAAAAAAGGUGUUUUCAUUGAGGUAAAUGGUGCAUAUCUAUGACAGAAACAUUGUCAAACUUUUUUCAGGCUCCUGCUGGAAUCAUUACAGUACGACAGGCAAUGUAAACUUUGAUCCCACAGCAAAUUUUAUGAAUGUCGCUAUUGAAUGCAGCUGAGAAUGACCAAUCGCUUGAUGUACCGAUCCAACACAACUGCAUUUCUUUGUUUAUCCGACAUGUAACUGUGACAACAUCUGUUGAAGAACUUUUAAAGCUCCAUCUGGUUCCUCUGCUGUUGUGGAUUUCAGUGCUGUGUUGAGUCAGACCCUGCUGGGGGUGGCCUGUUGAAGACUCAGUGCAUUUCUCAGUUCUCCUGUAUUCUACCAGCCGUCAUCUAGCUGUAAUAUUUAUUAGUCUCCAUAUUAUGUACAGGUUCUUUUAUUGUGAAGAGGUCUGCCCGGUGGCAGGAGCCCAUUCUGUUGCCGCUUCGUCACUUUACUGUUUAUGCAAGCAGGAGAUUAUAUGCAAUCAAUAAACUGCCCCCCCGCCUCCAUGCAAUGUCUGUAAUUAUGCUGUGCAUACAGGUCGGUGGUAACUCCAAACUAACAUGUUUGUUUACCUGCAGAAUGUGCAUUUCCAUUACUCUUUGCUAGAACUAUUUACAGUGUUCAUCUGUGCCUUGAGAUUCAGUAAGAGAGGUCCCAACAAAUCCAGACUUGCACCAUGUUUUUACUCUUGCUGUGCAUAUAAAUGACAUGCAAUACUGA